UCGAUAUAAUAUGCAAGUUCUAGGAUCGACGUUAGUCCUUCUCCUGUCAAGUAUUUUUCUGCAAACUUUUGACGACGUCGUAACUCAACUAAAAUAAAAUUAAUAAUACAAGAUGUCGCUGAACGUAAAACUACAAUCAUCCGAUGGAAUUAUCUUUGACACACCGAUCAAAAUCGCUAUAAAACUUAAAAUAAUUCGCGACAUGCUGAAUUUCUGCUCAGACGAUAAAAGCGAUGAAAUUAUUGCCAUCGACAAUGUUCGUUCAAACAUACUGGAUAUGGUGCUGACCUGGAUCGAACACCAUUUAAACGACGAUAUGGAGACUUUAGUCAAGCAUACAAAUUUUACCAUCCCAGAGUGGGAUAAGACAUUUCUAGAAAUACCGAAAACAGAUCUGGCCGAUUUGAUUAUUGCGUGCAAUUUUCUGAACAUCCAGCCCCUGUACUUGAUUGCUUGCAAGACACUGGCCAAGAUGAUAGAUGAAAAAUCUGUCCAAGAGGUUCGUGAAAUAAUCAACAUUCCCGAGGAGGGACCGAACUGAUACGUGGAGCAGCGUUGGGGGGACAAGGUGGAGAUGCACAGCAUCAUUUAUAAGCACACUGCGACACCAUAUACUAAACGUUUUACAAAAAGGAUUAUUAAUAAAAAUUAAAUUUUGGGAGA